GGCGGGCAGGCGGAGGGGCGAAGCUGCCGCUCGGAGGGCCAUCCUUGCCGGCGCCGAGGGGGUUAAGCAGCUGGGUUGUGCGGAGGCCGCCGCUCGGCUCGGCUCUGUUCUGCUGAGAGUCGGGGAUCGCUCUGCCAGUGGGAAGAUGGCGACGGAAGGAGCGAGCGGGGAGCCCGGCUCUGGCAACCGGGGCGAUCCGGAGGCAGCGAAAAGAGAGUUUGAUGUGGACAAUCUCAGCAAAUCAGAACUGCGGAUGCUCUUGAGUGUUCUAGAAGGGGAACUGGAAGCACGAGAUCUUGUGAUUGAAGCUUUAAGGGCACGGAGGAAGGAGGUCUUUAUCCAGGAGCGGUAUGGGAGAUUUAAUCUUAGUGACCCAUUUCUGGCUCUGCAGCGAGACUAUGAGUCAGGUGCUGGUGAUAAAGACAAGAAGUCCAUUUGCACCAACCCACUCUCCAUCUUAGAAGCUGUUAUGGCUCACUGCAGAAAAAUGCAAGAGAGAAUGGCAGCUCAGUUGGUCGCUGCUGAAAACAGACAAAAGAAGCUGGAAAUGGAGAAAUCGCAGUUGCAAGAGCUCGAAAUGGAACAUAAGAAACUAUGUGCUCGUCUUGAGGAGGAGCGUGGCAAGAAUAAACAAGUCGUAUUGAUGCUAGUGAAAGAAUGUAAACAGCUCUCCAGUCGAAUAGUCGAAGAGGCCCAGAAGCUGGAAGAUGUCAUGGCAAAAUUCGAGGAAGAAAAGAAGAAAGCCGGCGAAUUGGAGGAAUCUCUUGCUGUUGAGAAGCAGCGGAGUGCGCAGAUGGAAGCCCAAAUGGAAAAGCAGCUUUCUGACUUCGACACCGAAAGGGAGCAACUGCACGCCAGGCUUGGCAGAGAGGAAGCACACACCUAUGACCUCCGAGAAGAGAGGGAGAGGAUGAGAAAAAUGAUUGAGCAGCUGAAAAAGGAGAACGACAGUAAGUUGCACCUUUCCCUCCCGCGUAAGAACAAAGAUAGAGGUUCCGCUUCUGUAUCUGUCGGAACAGAGGGACCGGCUUUGAGAACGCUUGCCUGCCAGACAGACGCGGCGUUGCUAGAUGGUGGAACCGAAAGUGUUAGGAAGUUGCCUUUAACUGUUCCGGUAAAGCCUUCAGCUGUCAACCCUUUGCUCUCUGGCCACACAAAGAUGAAUGUAUGCUCCAAUGCAGGCUUUGUGAAGCCAGUCAUGGACAGGCAUUCUUCUUGUAAUGACCUGCUCCUGUCCCCCUCAACUCCCAUUCUGACUCAAGGCCAAAGCAGAAUUGAGGAGAACGGACCAAAUGCAACGCCUGACUUAACCAAUCUACCUUCCCCCUUCCCAAAUAACAUUGCACCCUCUCCAGCACCCAGUAUAGCACCUCAGAGCUACCUGCAAGCGUCGUCUAUGCACUCUCUGCAUUCUCCAUCCGCCGGCAGUACCGGGCAUCAAGGUCUGAAUCCACGCGUCCAGGCAGCUAGGUUUAGAUUUCAAACCAAUGCUAACGACCAAGACCAAAACGGAAACACUACCCAAAGCCCUCCGUCGAGAGACGUGUCGCCCACGAGUCGAGACAACCUAGUUGCCAAGCAGCUAGCUCGGAAUACCGUCACCCAGGUCCUGUCAAGAUUCACAAGUCCUCAGGGCGCUCCGCCUGGACGGCCGGGAAUGUCACAUUCGAUAGACGUUGGCACGUAUCCUCCCCCAGUCGGUAGAAUGGGUUUAAAGACUCCCAGUGUGUCGAGGAUUGACAGAGGAAACCCUCCGCCCAUUCCUCCCAAAAAGCCAGGCCUUUCACAGACUCCAUCUCCACCGCACCCACAGCUUAAAGUCCUUAUGGAUAGUGGUCGCGCCCCUAAUAUAGGUGCCAAAACUGACAGCAAAACCCUAGUCUCACCUCCUUCCAGUUCACCUCAAGGAAUCAGGGUAAUAAAUGAGGAGGUCAUUUCUAAGUCCUCACCUCAGCUGCCACCAAAACCAACACUAGAUAUAUCUGUGGCAUCUGCAGGCUGUGCCAUACCAGCCAUGGCCACGUCUCAGGUGGGUGCCUGGCCUCCCCAAUCCCCUGGACUGAACCAACCUGCAUGUUCAGAAAGUUCCUUUGUCAUUCCCACCACCAUUGCCUGUAGCUCCUCCAUAAACCCUGUUAGUGCUUCAUCCUGUAGACCAUGUGAUUCAGACAGCCUACUGGUAACAGCAUCAGGCUGGUCUCCCUCCCUAACCCCUUUAUUAAUGAGUGGUGGUCCUGUCCCCCUGGGUGGCAGGCCCACCCUUCUUCACCAAGCUGCUGCCCAGGGAAAUGUAACUUUAUUGUCAAUGCUGCUUAAUGAAGAAGGUCUGGACAUUAACGACUCCUGUGAAGAUGGCUAUUCUGCCUUGUAUUCUGCUGCUAUGAAUGGACAUACAGAUUGUGUAAGAUUGCUGCUGACUUCAGAAGCUCACGUUGAUCCUGUUGAUAAAAAUGGCUUUACACCCUUGUGUUCAGCAGUUGCUCAGGGACAUUGCAAAUGUGCAGAAUUAUUAAUCAUGUAUCAUGCUGACAUUAAUCACGCUGCUGAAAAGGGAGAGACACCUCUCUACUUGGCCUGUAGAAACGGAAAUAAUGAAUGUGUCAAACUCUUGUUGGAAGCUGGAGCAGACAGAAGUGCAGAAACCUGUGAUGGCUGGACACCCUUUCAUGCUGCUGUCGAUGCUGAUAAUGUUGAUUGCCUAAGAUUUCUUAUGUACUACGGAAAGCCGGAAGAUGGAAACUUUGUGAAUGGAGCAGAUGCUAAUUCGUGCCUCUUUGACUUGGAGUGUGGGGUUGACAGCUGUAACCGUAAAGCAAAGCCCAUUGUUUCUGCAGAUCUCAUCAACCACGCUGACAAAGACGGCUGGACUGCAGCCCACAUAGCAGCGUCAAAAGGCUUUAAGAGUUGCCUAGAAGUCUUGUGUAGCCACGGGGAACUAGAGGCUGAGAGGGAAGAUAAAUGCAACCAAACCCUGCACGAUGUUGCCACCGAUGACUGCAAGCAGCUUCUAGAGAAUCUGAAUGCUCUGAAGAUACCUUUAUGGAUUGCACUUAGCCAGGUGGAGCCAGCCCAUUGUGGUACAGAUGAUCUCGAAAUGGAAAACACUAUAUGCGUGUUAAACAUCCGCAAGCAGACAGCAUGGGAUGAUUUUUCAAAAGCAGUGAGCCAGGCAGUGGCAAACCAUUUCCAAGCAAUCACUUCUGAUGGAUGGAAGAGCCCAGAAGACUUGACACUUAAUAACACCACAGAAUCCACCGUCGGCCUCACUGCAAGCAGUAUAUUAUCCAUCAAACUUGGCAAUGUUUCGUGGUCAAUAGGUCAGGCAUUUCCUCAACCACCUUGGGAAUUUUUGAAAAGGAAUCAGGUGGAACAUAUAAUCAUAUUUUUGCUUGGUCCUCAAGAAGGCUGUCUGCACAGUGUGACUUAUACAUCUAUGAUCCAUCUUCAGACGCUGCAGAAUUACCUCAGGCUGGUGGAACAGUACCGCAAUAUUAUCUUCCAUGGUCCAGAAGGAAGCUUGCAAGAUUAUGUGGCGUACCAAAUAGCCCUCUGUAUGAAGCACAAGCAACUGGCUGCAGGAUUCAGCUGUGAAAUUGUCAAAGUGAAGAUAGAUUCUGAUUUCUCUAAGGAGCACCUUGCAGAAUUAUUCAUCAACAGCGGUUGCCUGAUCCCCGUGAAACAGCCUUCUGUAAACAACAGAACCAUUGUAAUUUUAGAGAAUUUGGAAAAAGCGACAUUAUUGGAAUUACUGGGGGAGUUUCUCCAACCUCUUGAAAACCGUGGCUCUGAGAACCCCUACACUAUUAAGAAAGCCAAUGGUGCAUCUGAAGCUUAUUACUUCCACGAGAAUUGUUUUCUUAUGGGGACCAUUGCAAAAUCUCGGCUUCAAGGCUCCGACCUGAUGGUUCAGCAACAUUUCCUCUGGGUUCAGCUAAGAUGGGACGGAGAACCGAUCCAUGGCCUCCUGCAAAGGUUCUUAAGAAGGAAGGUUUUAAGCAAGUUCAAAGGAAAAAUGCCUCCUCCGUGUGAUCCAGUGUGCAAGAUCAUAGAUUGGAUUCUCGCAGUCUGGCACCAACUCAAUUCAUGUUUAUCACGGCUUGGUGCACCUGAAGCACUUGUUGGACCGAAGCAUUUUCUGUCUUGUCCGGUGGUGCCUGGUCACAGCCACACAACAGUGAAGUGGAUGUCCAAGUUAUGGAAUUCUGUCAUUGCUCCCCGGGUUCAAGAAGCAAUUCUCUCCAGAGCUUCUCUGAAAAGACCAUCCGCACUGGGACAGAUGGCAGUCAAGAAAAGUCCGAGCCAAGGGCAACAGGCUGUGGUGAAAGCUGCACUCAGCAUCCUCUUAAAUAAAGCUGUUCUGCAUGGAUGUCCUCUUCCCAGAGCAGAGCUGGAUCGGUACAUUGCUGAUUUCAAGGGAGGAAACUUCCCCCUCUCUAUGGUGUCAAACUACAAGAAUUGCCCCAAGAAAAGAGGAGAAAGCAUCGCUUGGAGAAAAGUGAGCACCAGUCCUCGUAAGAAAUCAGGCCACUUGUCAGCCCAGUCCUGGAGUAGAAAGGAGGAGAAUGCAGAAGGUGUCAAGUCAAAGAACAUAUUGCAGGAAAAUGGGAACAAAAUGGCUUCUCUAACAAAAAAACGUCUAGAAGAUGACCCACUAAGUGUGUUAAACCUGGAGCAGAGGCUAUCAGUUGGUUCUGAUGAUGAAGUAGACCUUGUGCAGGAGCUUCAGAGCAUAUGUUUAAGCAAAUCGGAAUCUGACAUAAGCAAGAUAGUAGAUUCAAAGGAUGAGCUGGUGAUGAUGAUUAAUGCUUCUCAGAAGGAUCCUGUAUUUUCAGCAAACGUCAUAAAGGCCAAAACUUCAGCAUCACAGCAGGAUGGGAAUUCUGGGAUGUGUCCUCUCAGCAGCGGUCCAACUGUGCAAUGCAGCAACACGAAGUCAAAAACUGAAUCUUUCAAGAGUGGUGUUUCCAGAGUGAAAUCUUUUCUUCCCGUGCCCAGAAAUAAAGUCAGCCAGUCUUCUCAGAACACUAAAUGAAGCAGCAGCAGCAGCAAUACAAGGCAAAUAGAGGCAGUCAAAGACUCGAAAGAAGAAAUUUGGAACAUGCACACAAAAAUACAACUUGAGAAAUGCGAAUAAACCUACCAAUCUGCCAUUCAUUUUCCCCCCCUUCGGCCUUUGCGUAAUCUUAGUUACCUUUGGAGAACAAAUUUAUUUACGAGUGUAAAUAAUUUUUAAAUAUGUUUUCUCGGUUGUAUCUAUGGGACCACAGUUUAAUUUCUGUGUAAAUAAGCUGUUUAUAAUGGGGGAAAAAAUAUUAGAUUAUAUUAAAUUGAACUUUAGAAAGUGAGAGAGCUUCACAGAUGAUUUUCUAAUCUGAAAACGUUUUAUUGUUUAAUUAUAUUCAGGGGUAUCACUACAAAGAGUGUAAAUAAUACAUGCAUAGGCACACACACACACACACACACUAUAUAUAUAUAUAUAUAUAUAUAUAUAUAUAUAUAUAUAUAUAUAUGAAUGAGAGACUUCAUCCAGAGAUAUCUGUGUACAAAAGAGCUAGUACCACGUGUGAUGUCUUGGUGGAGAGAUGUGUUCUCCAUUGCAUUAAGAUGCAGUUAGCAAAUUCAGAAGGAUUGACUGACUAUCUGUACAGCAAAGUCAGUGUGUCAUUUGCUGUUUACUCAUCACUUGCAAUCAGAGACUCUCCUGGAGUUCCACUCUGCUAGUAUGCAGUGGGAUUCCCAUGCAACAGGGUCCUAUGUGAAAAACAAAGCAGUGGAUCUGCUUUCGUUUCCUGUGUAUACCGGGAUCCUACAGGGGGUUACCUUAAAAUGCUAUUCUGUGUGUAAUAUCCCUAACUGCCUGUAGAACAGGAUCAUUGGAUAUGGAUGAUAACCUUUAUAUAUAGUUAUAUAUACUGAAGUUUCCCUGUGUUCUAUUUCAUACAUUGGGUUGCACAAUUCUGUACAGCACUGGCUUAAAGCUAAUAAUAUACAUGUGUUUUCAAGGCAAAAAAGAAAAAAAGUUCACUUUCUGAAAAGUGAAUGGAAUGUGGCAAUAAUGGGAAGAAUUGGGAAUACUCCCCAGUUUCUUUCAGUUAUAAACUGCAUUAAAUAUUUCAAUUGCCCAUAUUAUUGGGUAGUUUGGUUUA